AUUACCACCAAGCCAGAAAGAGAACUUUCUGGCUCGAAGCAUUUAAGGUUUUGCGUGUUCGUCGUGAACAUCGUGUGAUUAUCUGUGUCAUGAACUGGAUGCAUGCUUGAAAAGUUCGUUUUUGAUGUUGUUGGCUUUGUGAUCUGUGAUCCAAAAAAUGAGCCUGGAAUGGGAAGUGGGAACCGGUUGAACGAAGGCCGGUUGCGAAGAGGAAGCAGCGAGCGAUUCUCAAUUCGCGCAUUUUCAUGGAGAAAACUCUGCGCCUAAGCCUGUGGUGGUGAAAUGGCGAACGCAGGCCAGGAAUAAAUGCUUGAAGAAUGAGGAGCUUUCUACGAAAACAAACCCACGAGCAAGAAGCGUCUCAGUCGUCGUUCAAUUGCCCGAGAAAAGAGAACCGAGCAUUGGCUUGAUUCAGAAAUUUUUACUUCGUUGUAUCCUUACCCUGUUCUUGGCCUUAUCGUUAACUCUCGCGGAAGAAGACGUCGGCGUUGUGCCAAUUAUUUCAUGUUUGUAAUCUCGGGCCCCCUGGGCAACAAGGCCUACAGUUACGACAGCAGAUUGAGUCUGAGGUCACACGCUCAGUCGGAAAAGUUACGUUGAAUCAUGAGAAUUAGCUCUGGAUAUCUCGAUCGACCGGACCAAAAGAAGAAGCUAUUCUCAUCUCUAAGUCAAGAAUGUCAGAUUGCCUGUCCGGGAUCGCAAAUAUCGAAGACUCUUCAGAGGAAGUUAGAAGAAAUUGGAAGAGAUGAUCGAAGAGCAAUAGUGGAUGACACGGUUGAUGGUUGUACCCCAUUGUUUUUGGCAUGUAAAAAUGGAAGUGCAGAGGUGGUUAGUUUCCUACUGUCCACUUGUGAGGCAGAUAUUGAGAAAAGAGGUCUUUAUGAAGUCCUGGAAGAAGGUGUCAGUCAUCAUGUGACUCCCCUUUGGUGUGCUGCCGUCUCUGGUCGAUUGGCUGUUGUGAAAGUCUUACUUCGUUAUGGCGCCGACGUCAAUGCCAUGUCUGACUCUGGAUCCACCCCGAUUAGAAGUGCCUGCUACAUAGUUCGAAAUGGCUUAAACACCAGUCACUUUGAAAUCAUUAAAUGUUUGGUUCGUCAUGGAGCGGAUAUUCAACAACCGAAUCACUUUGGUGGGACAUGUCUCAUAAAUUCAGUUCAAAGUCCUGAUCUUGUUCGAUUCUUGGUUGAGAAUAAUGUUCAGGUGAACGCGGAAGAUGUGCAACAUAAAACAGCCUUACAUUACGCUGUCCAAGAGAAUAGAUUUGAAUCUGCUAGAAUCUUGUUGGAGAAUGGAGCUGAUCCUUUUAAAAAAUCCAAGUAUGAAGAUGAUAUCCUUCAAACAGCGUGUCUCAAAGGUUCUUUAAUGAUUUUUAACUACUUGUUGGAAACCGUGGUGUAUGAGCCCUCACGCAUUGCAGAGGCCUUUGAAUUGGCUGGAAGCACUUUUCUCUUGGAUAUGCAUGAUGUUGGAUCGACGCUUUUCUUUUGGAGGAAGGCUUUGGAAAUUCGUCAUGAAGGCCUUUACUCGCAAUACCCCAAGGAAAGUAUCAAAUAUCAUCGAGUCUUGGAAUGCACCGAGAUCGACUCUAAAGAUGAAUUGGAAGUCAUAUCUGGAAAUCUCCCUCUACUGAAGCAACAAGCCCUUCUAAUAACGGAGCGAGUCCUGGGAGCUUGUCACAAAGACACCAUAUUCCGAUACAUGUACGCCGGAGCCUCUCAUGCAGACUCCAACGAGUACAAACCUUGUGUCUCUCUUUGGAACUACGCACUGCAACUGAAGAUCAAGAAAGAAACCUUACUCUCGUGUGACACUAGUUUCACCGCCAGAGCUAUUGUUCAAUUGUACAUCAAUAUCAUGAUGAGAGACUCUUUCAGUUCGAUCGACUUCAGCGAUGUAUAUAUUACGGCCGACCAUGUGAAUAGCGGCAUUAUUGGAGCUGUGGGUCUUCUUUCUGUGCGACCAGUCUAUAAAGCUCAGGUGGACAAUUUUGAUAUUGUUUUGACUACUUGGGCUCAUCUGAUUUUGAUUUUGCUGAAAGCUGCAAGAUCCCACCAACAAAUGCAAGCUAUUUUCUAUAUGGUUGAUCCGGUCUUGAAGUUGAAUCCUUUGACGUCACAAGGAGACACCCUUUUACAUUUGGCUGUGUCCUCCUCUUCCACUUUAAAAAGCAACAGUUUCUUGGACGAUGACUCGUUUUCGUUGUUCCCAAGCAUUGAUGUGGCUGAAUUCAUUAUUCGUUGUGGCUUCCAAAUUCAUGCCAGAAAUUUUAAUGAGGAAACUCCUCUUCAUGUUGCCGCUAAAGUCGAAAACUUUAAUGAAGAUGUUGCCAAUCUUCUGAUGAAAUCAGGUGCUCAUAUGGACCUUCCUGACGAGAAAGAUGUUCGCCCCCUUGAUAUUCUACAAACUCAUUCCGGAAAAUUAGACUUGAUUCCACAUGUGAGCCUGAAGUGUUUGGCAACCCAAGUGCUCCUACAGCAGAAGGUUCCAGUUCCACCCUCAACCUAUCUUCCUACCAGCAUGUCAGAAUUCAUCGAAUUACACAAGAAAUGCUAAAUGUAUAUUACAGAUUUAGCAACAGCGUAUCCCAAAUAUUUGACGAAACCUUUUGAAUUAAAAGCAGUUUUCAGUCGU